AUGGAACUAUCAGACACGUGUGUUUGUUGUGAUGUCCAAGUUCGAUCCAACUGCAGUUCAUAUUGGUAUAUUUCACUCCGUGAUAGUCAAGUCAAACUACGAGUAGUCGGUGGUGAAAUUGGCGCAAGCUCUACAAUUGCCCCAAGAAUAGCCCCUCUGGGACUUCCAGCCAAGAAAGUGGCUGAAGACAUUGCAAAGUCGACAACUGACUGGAAAGGAAUAAAAAUAGCAGUCCAACUGCGAAUUCAGAACCGUCAGUACACCAUGACGAUCAUCCCCUCCUCUUCUGCACUAAUAAUGAAGAUUGUUAACACGACCAGAUUACAGGCCAAACUCGAAAGUGGAAAUUCUUUGAACGUGAAAAUGGAAUCGAUAUAA